AUGUUUGCGCCAAAGACAUAUGCGCAUGUCGUAGCGACUGCAGCUCCACAACCAUCUCACCCUCAGACACGCAGUAGUACUCGUCGUUCUGCUAGUGGAAAUCAUGCAACUCCGCCACAUCCUGGAAAUCCUGCUGCUCUAUCUAAACCUGGAAAUCCUGCAGGUCCUGGUCUAAAUGAGAAUCCUGGUGAUGGAAACCGUGCUGCUCCGCCUAAUCUUGGAAAUCCUGCUGCUCCACCAAAUCCUGGAGAUCCUGCUGGUCCUGGUCUACGUGAGAAUCCUGGUGAUGGAAACCGUGCUGCUCUGCCUAAUCUUGGAAAUUCUGCUGCUCCACCUAAUCCUAGAAAUCCUGCUGGUCCUGGUCUACAUGAGAAUCUUGGUGAUGGAAACCGUGCUGCUCUGCCUAAUCUUGGAAAUCCUGCUGGUCCUGGUCUAAAUGAGAAUCUUGGUGAUGGAAACCGUGCUGCUCCGCCAAAUCCUGGAAAUCCUGCUGGUCCUGGUCUACAUGAGAAUCCUGGUGAUGGAAACCGUGCUGCUCUGCCUAAUCUUGGAAAUCCUGCUGCUCCAACUAAUCCUGGAAAUCCUGCUGGUCCUGGUCUACGUGAGAAUCCUGGUUAUGGAAACCGUGCUGCUCUGCCUAAUCUUGGAAAUCCUGCUGCUCCACCUAAUCCUAGAAAUCCUGCUGGUCCUGGUCUACAUGAGAAUAUUGGUGAUGGAAACCGUGCUGCUCCGCUUAAUCCUGAAAAUCCUGCUAAUGAAAAUUGUGUUGCUCUUGGUGCCUCAACAAGUCUGUUAACUACAGACAAAAAAUUAAAGAAUCUCCAAAAGUACAAUCGACAACUGCAAAACAAAGUCAAGCGGCUUAUGCGAAACAACUUACAGCAUGGUAUGAAUGGAUCACAGGUAAAGUCAGUCGCACCACCGUCAGUCGUGCCAGAGUCAGUCGCGUCACAGUCGUCCGUACCGCCGUCAUUUGUGUCACAACCCGUCGCGUCACAGUCAUUUGUUCCCCAGUCCGUCGUGUCUCAGUCAUUUGUGCCACAGCCCGUUGGGUCACAGUCAUUUGUGCCACAGCUCAUCACGCCACAGUCAUUCGUACCCCAGUCCGCCGUGUCUCCGUCAUUUGUGCCACAGCUCGUCUCGUCACAGUCAUUCGUACCCCAGUCUGCCGUGUCUCAGUCAUUUAUGCGACAUCCCGUCGCGUCACAGUCAUUUGUCCCCCACUCCGUCGUAUCUCAGUCAUUUGUGCCACAGCCCCUCGCGACACAGUUGUUUGUACCACAAUAUUUUAUUGGUCAACAAAUGCUGCCCAAUACAGCAACACCGCAGUUAGUUCUGCGCAAUAUUAACAACUCUACUUAUCCGCAUCAAGCGCUCCAAGUUCCAGGAGUACAAUUAUCGGAGCCAACUCGCGAGCAACUUUUGCACCAGUUGAUUCAUCAGCUGUUUUGA